AUGGAAAGAAACCCAGUUCAAGACAAGAAGAUCAAGGAUGUAUGCAAGAUAGUUUCAUACAUUCCACUCGAGUACAAACCAUUUUUUGAGGAGGCAGUGGUGAGACCAGCAAUAGCUACUGCAGAGGACAAUAAAAAUGAAGGACACACAAUAAGAGAAGAAUCUCAUAUUGACCCAAUCACCAGCACAAUAAGAGAAGAAUCUCAUAUUGACCCAAUCACCAGCACAAUAAGAGAACAAUCUCAUAUUGACCCAAUCACCUGCACAAUAAGAGAAGAAUCUCAUAUUCACCCAAUCACCUGCACAAUAAGAGAAGAAUCUCAUAUUAACCCAAUCACCUGCACAAUAAGAGAACAAUCUCAUAUUGACCCAAUCACCUGCACAAUAAGAGAAGAAUCUCAUAUUGACCCAAUCACCUGCACAAUAAGAGAAGAAUCUCAUAUUGACCCAAUCACCAGCACAAUAAGAGAACAAUCUCAUAUUGACCCAAUCACCUGCACAAUAAGAGAACAAUCUCAUAUUGACCCAAUCACCUGCACAAUAAGAGAAGAAUCUCAUAUUGACCCAAUCACCUGCACAAUAAGAGAAGAAUCUCAUAUUGACCCAAUCACCAGCACAAUAAGAGAACAAUCUCAUAUUGACCCAAUCACCUGCACAAUAAGAGAAGAAUCUCAUAUUGACCCAAUCACCUGCACAAUAAGAGAAGAAUAUCAUAUUGACCCAAUCACCAGCACAAUAAGAGAUGAAUCUCAUAUUGACCCAAUCACCUGCACAAUAAAAGAAGAAUCUCAUAUUGACCCAAUCACCAGCACAAUAAGAGAAGAAUCUCAUAUUGACCCAAUCACCUGCACAAUAAGAGAAGAAUCUCAUAUUGACCCAAUCACCAGCACAAUAAGAGAAGAAUCUCAUAUUGACCCAAUCACCUGCACAAUAAGAGAAGAAUCUCAUAUUGACCCAAUCACCAGCACAAUAAGAGAAGUAUCUCAUAUUGACCCAAUCACCUGCACAAUAAGAGAAGAAUCUCAUAUUGACCCAAUCACCUGCACAAUAAGAGAAGAAUCUCAUAUUGACCCAAUCACCAGCACAAUAAGAGAAGAAUCUCAUAUUGACCCAAUCACCUGCACAAUAAGAGAAGAAUCUCAUAUUGACCCAAUCACCAGCACAAUAAGAGAAGAAUCUCAUAUUGACCCAAUCACCUGCACAAUAAGAGAAGAAUCUCAUAUUGACCCAAUCACCUGCACAAUAAGAGAAGAAUCUCAUAUUGACCCAAUCACCAGCACAAUAAGUGAAGAAUCUCAUAUUGACCCAAUCACCUGCACAAUAAGAGAAUAA